UUUUAAAUAUGUAUAUGAAAACAUAUUUCACCACAUCAACACGUGAAAUAUUCGAGAAUGGAGUACGAAAAUACUCAACAAAAUAUAAACUUCGUACCAUGUGUACGAUGGGUUAAACGAGGAGUGGCCAAUUCAAAUCCGGUAAAACUGCAAUUGUCGAAAAACGAGCUGGCUCAAAUAAUUAAUGACACUAAGAUUAAAUUACAAGAAUCCAAUGAAAAUGAAGAUGAGCCAAUGGAAGAAGGUGAAGCGUCUCAAGCAGAUGAGUUUGCCUUAGAGAAUUACGAUAAAGAGGACGAAAAUCAGGAUACUGCAAAUGCUUUAGGAAUUGGAUCAUUGGCAGAACUUGAUAAUGAUGCUGUGGACAACUUUUCUGAGUCAGAUGAUUCUGAAAAAGAAGAUGAUAAAAUCAAACUAUCAGACAAUCUCAUAUUAGUAGGACAUGUAGAAGGAGAUGCAAGUCUAUUGGAAGUCUACAUAUACAAUGAACAAGAAGAGUCAUUGUAUGUCCAUCAUGAUAUUUUGUUAUCAUCAUUUCCUCUGUGUUUAGAACCACUAAACUAUGAACCAAAGAUGCCCAAAGGAAAUUACUGUGCAGUGGGAUCAAUGUCACCUGUUAUAGAGGUCUGGGAUGUAGAUAUUAUGAAUGUUAUUGAACCUUCCUUUACCUUAGGAAGGCCUGCUAGUAAAAAGAAGAACAAGGAACAUAUAGGUCAUACUGAUGCAGUACUUUCAUUAGCUUGGAACAAAACCUUUGAACAUGUGUUAGCUAGUGGAUCUGUAGAUCAAACAAUACACCUGUGGGAUAUGGAAAUCAAAAAACCAAGUACAACCAUUAAAUCCUUUCAAGAAAAAGUUCAAUGUCUCGAAUGGCAUCCUCUAGAGGCACAAACACUUUUAGGUGGAGGUUGUGACAAAUCUGCAAGAGUAUUUGAUGGCAGAACUCCCGAAACCCACCAAACUUGGCUACUUGAUGGAGAAGCUGAAAGGCUUUGCUGGAACCCCUUAGAACCUUUCACAUUUUUAGCAGGUACAAGCAGUGGGUCUGUACAAUGUUUUGACUGUAGAAAAGGACAGCUAUGGUCUGUUAAAGCACACAGCAAGGAAGUUACUGGGUUAGUACUUAGCAAACAAUGUCAAGGAUUGCUGAUUACUUCUUCUACAGAUGAAACAGUUAAAAUUUGGGACUUGGCUACAUUAGAAGCUGAACCUAAGCUUGUUCAUGAAAAGGAGUUUAAUAUGGGAAAUAUUCACUGUUUAGAUUUAUGUCCAGACUUGCCGUUUGUUAUAUCUGUAGGUGGAGAUAAGAAGUCAAAUAACUUUAGUGUUUUUGAUGUACAGAAUGUUGAUGUUGUUAAACACACAUUUGGACCACGAGGAUUGGUACAGCUAGUUCCAGAUACAGAAGAAAAUACUAAUACAUAAUUUUAUUGGUUAAUAAAGUUUUUAUUUUAUCUA